GUCGUUUUGUCAAUUGUCAAUUCUCAAUUCUAAAACCCUAAGCUUCGCCGAUCAUCUCCGAUCCUUUCCUAAACCCAGAGCUGAGCUAAGAUCUUAAAGAAAUGAGUUUCAAGAAAGUGCCCAACGUCCCUGGAUCUCCUGCUCUCUCUGCCCUUCUUAAGGUCAGCGUUAUCGGUGGCCUCGGUGUCUACGCCAUUAGCAAUAGCUUGUACAAUGUCGAGGGUGGUCACCGUGCUGUCAUGUUCAACCGAUUAACUGGUGUCAAGGAAAAGGUUUACCCGGAAGGAACGCAUUUCAUGUUGCCGUGGUUUGAGAGGCCAAUCAUCUAUGACGUCCGUGCACGACCCUAUCUUGUGGAGAGCACCACCGGUAGUCAUGACCUUCAGAUGGUGAAAAUUGGACUCAGGGUUCUCACACGUCCCAUGGGUGACCGUUUGCCUCAUAUUUACCGAACCCUAGGCGAGAAUUACAGUGAAAGGGUUCUUCCUUCCAUCAUCCAUGAAACUCUAAAAGCUAUAGUAGCUCAGUACAAUGCAAGCCAGCUCAUCACUCAGAGAGAGGCUGUGAGCAGAGAGAUACGCAAAAUUUUGACAGAGAGAGCUUCCAACUUCGACAUUGCUCUCGAUGAUGUCUCCAUCACGACUCUCACGUUUGGCAAAGAGUUCACCGCAGCAAUCGAAGCUAAACAAGUGGCUGCACAGGAAGCUGAGCGUGCUAAGUUCAUCGUGGAGAAAGCAGAGCAAGACAAGAGAAGUGCGGUUAUCCGUGCACAGGGAGAAGCUAAAAGUGCUCAACUUAUCGGACAAGCUAUAGCAAACAAUCAGGCAUUCAUAACUCUGAGAAAGAUUGAAGCUGCGAGAGAGAUUGCUCAGACCAUUGCACAAUCGGCUAACAAGGUGUACCUGAGCUCCAACGAUCUCUUACUUAACCUUCAAGAGAUGAACUUGGAGCCUAGCCCCAACAAGUAAAAGAACGAUAUAGUAAGUUCCAUCGUGCUAGGUCUGAAAAUACUAUAAGUAUUUGGAUUGCCUUUGGUCAGUGGAACUGUUUGUUAAUGUUUUGUCGGAUAUUUGAUGAAGUUGCAUUAAAAUUUAAUAAAUAAAAAUAAUAUUCGUAUU